AUGUCAAGAAUUCUAUUUGCCGUUUUGAUUGGUGCCUGUCAGAACACGUACGAAAUGGGAUACGACUAUCAGCAUGACGUACUGAAAUCGCUGUGCAGGAAAGAUUUCGUGGGAGUCGUUAAAACUAGUUCUCAAACUUGGAGUCCAGGCGGGGACGAGGACCUGGUUGUAUUUCUCGUAACAAUCGUUGCAGCAGUACGAAAUAAGUACAAAAUUCCAUCUAAUGACCUUUUUCGCGUGUUUAUUUAUGGCCUGAAAGGUAGCUUAGAUAUGGACAUUAAAUGGAAUCUGUUCUGGGUAGCAGGCAAUGUGAUACAGAAUGGUACCCACGAUCAAUUCUGGACAAUCAGUAGCAGCGUGCAGGAAGCUGAUAGCAUGGUGAAAAAUUAUGCGGCUGUGAAAGGCUUGAAAUACUACAACGAGCUGAUGAACUAUGUCCUCCCAAAGAAGCUAAAAAAUGACAGUGAAGAUCGAGCCUUAUCAAAGCAGUGCAUAAUAUUGCCCCAGUGUAACAGCAAUGAAUGCUCACUGACUCGGAUAUACCCUUCUGCUCUAACUUUCCUACCGAAAGCGGCAGGCAAUUUGAUAGAAAAAGCUAUAAAUGACUUCGAAAUUCCCGACAUCAAUGCCGUCUUCCCAUUUAAAAACAGCACGGUGAAAUUGACUAUACGUGUGGAGAAUAAGAAGGAGAUCCAACUUCCAACGUUUGUUGGAGAUACAAACGCUGAGCAUGGACUAGUUUUCAGAUCGCAUGGAGGUUUAUUCAGUUUUACAGGCAGUUGGAAAGCAGACUUCAUACUUCCCAACAAAAUUCUUGAUAUCAAUACCACAUCAACAGGUUGGCUAGAAGCGGCCGCGACGGGAUUUAACGUAAAUUUGACUGGAAAGGUCAACUCCCUCGAUGGUCACCUUCAGCUGGAGAUGAGCGAAUGUAAAAUGGAACUCGACAGCUUUGACUACUAUGCGAAUGGCACUGGAUUCAUGCCUGACAUAUUGAAUGUUAUGCGCAGCAUGGUUGAGAAAGUAAUGAAAUUCAGAAUUAGAAAAAUGGUUUGCACUGCAGUAAAAGCUCAACUGAUUCCCACCAAUUUGGUGUUACGAACUCUGCCGCUUCAUUUCCCUCUUUAUGGUUUCCAUAUUAAGUACGCGCUUGAUCAGCCAGCAUAUACGGAUAAUUAUGCGGACCUUAUGGGUUCAUUUAAAGUGACCUACGGCGACGACCAGGUGUGCGAUGCAGCAACAUCAGGGCAGUUUACAGAAGAAGGUUUGGUACCACAAAUGACUACGCUUUGGCUAGACGAAAGCUUAAUGAUGUGCGGUCUCACUGGCAUACAUGAAUCCGGAAUUAUCAGCAUUCCUAUCAACAAGAAGAAUGUUCCAGUAAUUGAAUCUUUCCUGAAAACAAGUUGCUCAUUGCUAUCCGUUUGCAUGGGGAAAUUCUUCAAGAAGCUGAGAAAGGAGUAUCCGAACCAGUACAUUGAAAUGAUGAUGCAAACAACUGAGGCUCCUCACGUCUACAUGACGGCUAAAGACGGUAUCACCAUUGGUGGACAAUUUGCACUCAAUAUGUACAUCGAUCCUAGGGUAAAUAAUACGAAACCUCUUGCCACCAUAAUACUCAAUGGAACCAUGUCUAUUACUCCUAUGAUAGUCAAUCGCAGACUAAGUGCAAAAGUGUCGAACCUUAAGUUCCAUCUGAGACCAGGAUCUUCAGAGAUCGGUGAUAUCACUUUCACCUUCUUAGCAGUAUUUGAAACAAUCUUCUCCAAGGUAACUAAAUUCCUUACCAAUAAUGUUCUGAAAGUUGGCAUUCCAAUCCCAUCAUUUGCCAACGUCACCAUAUCAGAUGCGACAGAAAUCAGUGUAUUCGACAAAUGUGUCCGUGCCAACGUCGGCUUUGAGUUUGAAGCGAUAUAAAUGCAUGGAUGUUUAGUAUAAUUUAUUCAUUCGAGGCGAAGUAAAGAUCAUUUUCGCCAAUUGUCAGUCUAUUUACAUUUCAGCACUGAAUGUACGCGGAUUAGUAAGAUAACCAUGACAAAGUAGCACAU